AUGCAAUGGAUAGUCAGAAGGAAAGAUUGGGUUCUCCACGAUGGAAUGACAUUAAUGAAGAACAUCAAUUUAGGGAAAAUGCAAUGGAUAGUCCGAAGGGAGGAUGAAUUUAUCCACAAUGGAACGAAUUUAAUGACCAUAUUUUUAAAAGAUGUUGAAACUAAAUUUGAUGACAUUAUUUUCUGUCCGUGGAUCGUAGAUUACUCGGUUAACAAACACAAAAGAUGGACACUUUCCUCGUGGAUUCAAAAUAACAUUGAGGCACUUUCGAAAGAAGAUUUUAGGAUUGUUUUGUCAGAAAGGGAAAAUGUACAUUUUUGGAACAAAUGGUUUUGGAACGAUUGCGUCCUGUACGUUGAUAAUAAAACACCAUUGCCUGUAGUCAAGCCCACGAAAUCAGCAUCGUACUUUUGGGAUCUACAGAGGAAAUGUCUGGGAGGGGAUCGUAUUGAGAAAAACAUUGCUGUGAGGAAGAAAAAAAGACAUAACCUACAUUCAAGAGGAAUUCAGAGGAAAUCUGAACUCCUUAAGAACAUGGAGAAAAUUGACAAUAGAAAAAAAUAUGAUGUUGAACAAUUGCGGGAGGAAAAUGAUAGAGACGAAGAUGUUACAGAGUUUCGAUAUGAAGUUAGCACUCCAGGAAAAUUAUCAAGAUUUUUCCUUCGCCAUGGUAACUAUUCGACCAGGUAUAUGUUCAAAGGGGCCAGAGAAUUUUUCAAGUAUCCCGCCAAAAAUGCUCUCUUCAAACAGAAAGGAUUUGUUAACGGAAAGUUGGCAAUUUUGUCCGGAAAAAAGUCUUUGGAAGACGAGAGUUCGUGUAUAAAAAAAGAAAUUUCCAAUUAUGGUUUCUCUGAAAACACAUGCCUAGCAAACAACUUUUAUCAGUCUGAUGAAGUUUUAAUUGUUUAUGAUUUUGAAAAGGAUGAAGUUUGUAGAGUUAAGAAGGAAACCACCUUACAAGUGUUUCUUUCAGACUGUUUAAAGAUAAUCAGGCGAAAGCCAAAAUUUCGGAAAACACGUACAAGACAGACCAUCCAGAAAUCCCCGGACUUACAAAGAAAAAAUCAUAUCAUCUACAUGACAGAUUACAAAGAAAAAACAGAACUAGACAAAGAGAACACGUGUUUUAAUUCGCAUCCUGAAAAGCCCUCUAAAGAUUUUGCGUUUUGUAAGAGUGUUCCAACUGGAGGUGCAAUAUUGUCUUUCAAGAAAACAGAAAUGAAUGACUUUUUACAAGGAAUUUCGGAGAUCUGCUCAACAAACGUAUACCCCAGCAUUUAUGUUAUUUCAGUUGAAAAGCUGUUCAAGAAAGAAGGGGUUAAGGGAAGUAACCAUUCAACCUUUUGUCAUGAGUCUGACUUGUUCAAUAUUGAUUUUCCAGUGUUGGUUGUACAAGAGAUAAUCGAUUCCGCUAUGUCAUCAGAAUAUACGGGGAUUUCCAGAUACAGAUUAAUAGUCCUUGAUAAUGAGAAGUUUUCUGCCAGAAAGUUGGACGACAUGAUUCUUCAAAACUUUAGAAAUAGGAUUUCUUCAGUUGACGAUAUAUUUAGGUUUGCCAAAGAGCUAAUGUCACUUAACUCAAACGCUCGACCGUUUUUUACAAGUUGUGAAAAAGAGAGACCUUCAUUUGAAUCUUACGUCAUGGAACCAGCUUAUGAUUGGCUGCGGAGGGUUCCCUACAGGAUAACAACAGUCAAACAAGCAUAUAUGAACAUGUUGGAGUGUUGUCCACCAAAACAUUACCAACGAAAGAUGAACAAAUUGCCUACCUUCCUCCAUUCUGUCACUCAAAAUUCUGCAUUUGAAUUCGAGUGCAGAGUUUGUUUUGCUUCGCUAUAUGGAGGUGAGGACUCCACAGGAGGGCUCAUUAUUCUACCGUGUCAACACCCAUUCUGCAGAAAUUGUCUCUAUAGAUAUGCAGUGGAAAACAUCAGGACUAGUACCAGAUUUAUUUCAUGUUUGGAAUACAAAUGCACGUCAAAGAUUGACCCUCUCAUUAUAAUGUCGUUAGUUCCUAUCCAGUUAUUUUGUAAGUGGAUACAACGUCAGCAAGAGCAGAUGGUAAUGUCUAGUGGGAUAUGGAAGUGGUGUCCAAAUAAUACAUGUGACUUCAUUCUGUCGCUGGUUCCAAACGAAAACAUUUCACCGAAAUCAGUAAGCAACAAAAAGAGGAUGGGUGUGAAAUGUCUCUGCAAAACGGAAUUUUGCCUGGAAUGUUGUGAACAACCCCACUGGCCAGCAACCUGUCAGCAAAUAAAGGCGUAUGUGAAAGUCCUUGAUAUUACAAAAGACGUGCUUCAGCAAAUUGACACUACGAAAACUUUCACGGUGAAUGUGAAGACAUGCCCGCACUGUAAUUUAAUGGUGGAAAAGGCUUCGAAAAAGUGUAACUAUGGGAUGUGUAUUUGUGGAAAUUACUUCUGUUGGUUUUGCCUCAAGGACCUUAACAUGCAGUGCACAAGAGUAAUCCCAACAAAGCAAAUAGACUUGGUUAAUACUAAACAGUUAAAGUUUGGGGUUAAGUACCUUGACCAAGCAUAUGAAUAUGAAUUGGUUUGUAUUUUGCAGUCUAUGAAAAUAAUGGAGAAAAUCUUUGUGUCCAUAUCAGACAUACCAAGAAAGUCGCCUCCGGGGAAGGAGUUCAACUCACUCGCUAGUCAGGUGGAUUUUAUCUUUUCAAGAACAUCAGAGCUGCUUGAGCGUUCUGACAUUGCUGAUAAUAAAGUCAGAAUUGACAGACUCCAUUCUAGCCUCUCAGAGAACAUCAAGACAAUGGCUCUUAUGUCUGUUUACUUGCAGCAAAGAAAAUUACAACAGAAAAACAUAACAUUUGACCAUUGGAUUCGUUAUUAG